UGUGGAUCUAAUCCCAAGCAAGUCAGCAAGCCCCCGAAUUUCGCUGGUUGGAUGUUGCAGCCGCUCUUUGCUGCUUUCGAACUGUCUAAUCGCUGGUGUCGGGCAUUGAGCGGAUUGAGAUUUCUCCCGCUAGCCCGCACUCUGGGGAACCGUCGGCGAGUUUUCUGAAUCUCUGGCCCGCUCACCAGCAUGGGUAUCGCCCAUUAAUAUGCAGGUGCUUCCGAUUUUCUGAAUUCGCUCUCUACGACGAGCUUCCGAAUCUGACCGGGCAUCGAUUACGGCGACGGCCCUUUCAGCGGUAACUCGCUCUAAUCUUUCACCAGGUGAGCCCGAUUAGAGCCCGUCUGUUUUACUACACGGCCAGCCCUCCAAUGAGCAAGUUGAGCGUAAUCAAUAUUGACGGGAGCGGGGAUCAGACAAUGAUGGUAUUCUCUGGCAGCUAUAACCCCUACACACCGAUCAGCAGAUAUGGAAGCAAGCUGUUCUGGCUUGGUAUUGCAUACACCAUUUCCGGCGCAAAACACUACUUAUACCAGUACGAUCUGAAGUCUCCUUCUCUCAAGCGCCUUAACAACGUAGUGACUUUGAAUAACGGCACCAAGCACACCAUCCCGUCUCCAAGCACAUUAAGGAUAAUUUCAAACAACGAACCCGUUGCCAUAGAAGGAUGCCCUGAGAACAUCGUAGCUGUGAUUGACGACAACACCACAAACACCGUUAACACAUCGUCAGUAAACUGGACUGAACCUGUUUUAAACAGCUUCUCCAGUUGUCCCACAAUGACCUUCCUGGGACCAGGAAGCAAUGGCGGUGAAUACCCUGUUGGCGAUACUAUGGUGUCUUACCAAGCCAGAGAUGCUGCAGGAAACACCGAUAGAUGCUCAUUUACAGUGACGGUUCGAAGGGCCCAAGAACCUUGUUCUGACCCGUGCAUGAAUGGAGGGACAUGUGUGGAAGGCACUUGCAUUUGCCCGGAAGGAUUUGGAGGUACUGCAUGUGAGGAGAAGCUUACAUCAGUAACGUGUGAUAGUGACUCGAUGACCGUCAUCAUAAGUAAUGACCUUUUCGUUGGCAUUGGCCCGGAAGAUGUUUAUUUUCGUGACAGUUCCUGCCCAACUACAAGUAGCACUCUUACUCAUAUGACCCUUUCUACCAACUAUGAUGAGUGUCGUACCACCAGAACGGAAAAUGCCACAACCAUUACAUUCUCGAAUGUCAUCGCGUACAAACUUGAGCCUAUACCUGGUACUGAUAUUACUCGUGAAAAUCAGAGGCAGAUUGAGAUUUCGUGUUCCCUGGACAAGACCUCACAGGUUGGGCAGUCUUUCAAACCAAUGGUCGGUGAAAUAAAGUUUAGUGACAAGGGUUCCGGUCACUUCCAGCUGUACAUGACAAGGUUCAAGAACGAGUCCUUUGAUGAGCCCGAAGAUACCCACGCCGAGGUCUGGCUAAACCAGGCGCUCUACUUUGAAGUCAAACUUGACUCGGUAGAAGAAGUGGGUAUGUUUAUCGAACGAUGCUGGGCGACAGCCGGCCAAGAACAUGAUUCAACUCCAAGCUAUGAUCUCUUCACCGACAGAUGUCCUUCCAAUAUUGAUGGGACUGUUCAAGUCUUUUUUCCGAACGAUACGGAUCGAGAAGGAUUUAAGUUUGAUGCAUUUGCCUUUGUUGGACGUCUGGACAUGGUGUACGUUCAUUGUCAAGUGAGGGUGUGUAUGGAUGAAGAGGCCCAUGUGUAUCGAGAGUGCUCCACCACUUCUGAUUUGGGACGCAAACGUCGAUCUUCUUCCUUCAUUUCCACUCAAACGAUCAGUAGUGCGCCGAUUCGUGUCCGCAGAGCAACCAACGGCAUGGCUACUAAUGAUCUGUCUGCCUACAAUUCGUUUGGGAUGUUCCUCAUUGGAAUGGUCGCAACCGUGGUUGCCGUAGCAACCCUGAUGGGCGUGGUCAAGCUAAUUGGUCGUUCAACCGACAUCAGCUACAAGAGAGUCCCAACUGCUUCCAUGGAAGAGAUGUAGAAGCGAUUUAUGACCAGAGUGGAAUUCAUAUUCGGAGUGACGUCACGUAGAUUAACACGCUACUUGACAGCCAUGUGGGCGAGGUCAAAGGUCAAGCAGUAACAUUACACAAUUCCCUCAAUUAAAUUAGAGAAGUUCAAAUCUGUCUAACUUCCCUAGUAUAGACAACAACCACAGAAAAUAAUGAUUGAAAAAAGUCCGCUGAUGCCAUUCUCCUUAUAUACCACUCUGGUAAUACGAAAAUCCUGACGUAUUAUAUGCUUUUGAAGAGAUAUAGACGAGCACUAAUCAUUUAACUAUAACGAUAAUUGUAUAUCUUCUUGAUUUAAUUUACUUUUGGUGAAGGCUUUUUUUUCAUUGUAUUUUAAAGUAAGUUUACGAAAGACUCAGUAAGUAUUCAUAUCGUUGAAAGAAUUGAUUCAAGCUUUAUCGUAUCAUCUAUAAUCAGAUUUGUGCACUCAUGUUAAUCAAGAUUAGUUGACGCUCUGGGACAUAAAGAACAGGAAAUAAUGAUUCCUUUAUUCCAAAAAUUAAAGAAAAAAUAAUAACUGACAUCAUUCUUGUCUUCUGUCAAAUACCACUCUGGAAUCAUCAAUGACUAAAAUACUCUGCUAGAUUUAUAAGAAAAGCGAAUAUUCAACUGUA